GCAGGGCAAGAGCGGGUGCUUCUGAUGUGGGUGUUUCCAUUUAUUAAGAGGGGCGGGGGGGGGGCUUCCAAGAAAGAAAGGUUUGGCCCCUCUCCCCCACCCUGCCUGAGAGGCGAUGGAGAGAGAGAGAGUUUAAUUUUUCUUCCGAAGCGACCUCUGUGCGGCGGGGCUGGGGAGGGGGACAGGCGGAGCCGGUAACGAACUGGAGCAGGUAACGGUAAAGUUCCUCCACAUACUCUCCCCCCCUGCCCCCCAGUGCCGGGCACAUUAGCAUGCAGUGUCAGGACUGGUGUGUAUUCAGUGACUCCAUUUGCUGGUGUCUCGCUGUUGGCUCACACCGCCUCUCUCCAGCAUCUUGCUUUACAGCCUGCUUCUCUGGGUCUCCGAGAGGGAGGGAGGGGAACUCCAGGCUCAGUCCAUCAUCCCUGCUACAUCCAAGAGAGCGGAUUCUUCAACAUCUGUGUACCAUUUCCAGCUUGACCAGACAGCAAGAGCAAAGCUGGAGUUGAAGGACAAGCAAAAAAAAAAAAAAAAAAAAAGAGAACCCCCCCCCCGCCCCACAGAAAUAAGCUUGGGGGAGAGGGAGGGAGGGAGACAGAGACUCACUCAACCUCAGCAAUAACAAGGGAGACGCUGUUUAGUCGUUUCUAUCUACUUCCCCAGGGCUGAUUAUACUUUCUGAUUACUCCUGCCUGCAUUUAGAGAGAGAUUUGAGAGGCAGGCAGCACAAUUCACCCUUGAUCCUGAGGACUGGUUUCCCAACGCCCCCUAGAUCUAGCCCUGCAUUUUGGGGAUGAGAGUUUCUUCCCUUGCAAGAUGGAAUUGAUCUGACUCCAGACUCCUUUUAGAAGCAGAAGAAUAGUCUUUUCCCACACCGAGGCCUGGAGCCAUCAUGGCAGCAGGCGUAGCAGCAUGGUUGCCCUUUGCCAGGGCAGCUGCCAUAGGAUGGAUGCCAGUGGCCAACUGCCCUAUGCCAUUGGCCCCAACUGAGAAAAACAAGAGGCAGGAUGAGCUGAUCAUUCUGAAUGUGAGUGGAAGGCGCUUCCAGACCUGGAGGACUACUCUGGAGAGGUAUCCGGACACACUCCUGGGCAGCACUGAGAAAGAGUUCUUCUUCAAUGAAGACACCAAGGAAUACUUUUUCGACCGGGAUCCUGAAGUCUUUAGGUGCAUCUUAAACUUUUACAGAACUGGCAAGCUGCAUUACCCAAGGUAUGAGUGCAUUUCUGCCUAUGAUGAGGAGCUUGCCUUUUAUGGGAUCCUACCUGAAAUCAUUGGGGACUGCUGCUAUGAAGAGUAUAAAGACAGGAAGCGGGAAAAUGUCGAGCGGCUGAUGGAUGAUAAUGACUCAGAGAACAACCAAGAAGGUUCCAUGCCAUCUUUGAACCUCCGGCAGACCAUGUGGCGAGCCUUCGAGAACCCCCACACCAGCACCUUAGCCUUAGUGUUCUACUAUGUCACUGGCUUCUUUAUUGCCGUCUCAGUGAUCACUAAUGUGGUGGAAACAGUUCCAUGUGGCACAGUGCCUGGGAACAAGGAGCUUCCAUGUGGGGAGAGGUAUGCCGUGGCUUUCUUCUGCUUGGACACAGCUUGUGUUAUGAUUUUCACAGUUGAGUACCUUAUGAGGCUAUUUGCAGCCCCGAGCCGCUACAGGUUUAUGAGGAGUGUCAUGAGCAUCAUCGAUGUGGUGGCCAUCAUGCCCUAUUACAUUGGCUUGGUGAUGACUAACAAUGAGGAUGUCAGCGGAGCCUUUGUGACAUUAAGGGUUUUCAGGGUUUUCAGGAUUUUCAAGUUCUCCCGCCAUUCCCAAGGCUUAAGAAUCCUGGGCUACACUCUGAAGAGCUGUGCCUCGGAGCUUGGCUUUCUUCUCUUUUCCCUCACUAUGGCAAUCAUCAUCUUUGCUACUGUGAUGUUUUAUGCAGAGAAAGGGUCUUCGGCCAGCAAAUUCACCAGCAUACCAGCUUCUUUUUGGUAUACUAUUGUAACCAUGACAACCCUUGGUUAUGGUGACAUGGUGCCCAAGACGAUUGCUGGAAAGAUAUUUGGCUCCAUUUGCUCGCUGAGUGGAGUGCUGGUCAUUGCUCUGCCUGUCCCAGUUAUUGUUUCCAAUUUCAGCCGAAUUUAUCAUCAGAAUCAGAGAGCUGACAAGCGAAGAGCACAAAAGAAAGCCCGGCUUGCACGGAUACGAGUGGCCAAAACAGGCAGUUCCAGCGCUUAUCUUCAUAGCAAACGCAACGGCCUGCUGAACGCAGCCUUGGAGCUGACGGGAUCUAGUGAUGAUGAGCAGCACAUCAGCAAAUCCACCUCACUGAUCGAAAGCCAACAUCACCACCUGCUGCACUGCCUGGAAAAAACAACUAACCAUGAGUUCAUAGAUGAGCAGCUGUUUGAGCAGAACUGCAUGGAUAACUCAAUGCAGAAUUACCCCUCCACUCGCAGCCCCUCAUUGUCAAGUAACAAUGGCAGGUCCACCUCCUGUUGUUCUCGACGCAACAAGAAGACGACUCAUCUUCCCAACUCCAACGUGCCAGCCACUCGCCUGCGGAGCAUGCAGGAGCUAAGCACGAUACACAUCCAGUGCAGCGAACAGCCAUCUCUUACAACAAGUCGUUCCAGUCUCAAUAUGAAAUCAGACGACGGGCUGAGACCGAACUGCAAAACCUCCCACCUCACGACAGCCAUCAUCAGUAUUCCUACCCCACCGGCACUGACGCCAGAAGGAGAGAGCAGGCCCCCACCGAGCAGCCCUCAACCCACUACGAACAUUUCCACCACAAGCAGCAACAUAGUCAAGGUCUCUGCCUUGUAAGGUGUUGUUUGAAGGAAGCAGCUGGAAUGCCGGCGUCCCUCCCCCUCCACACCUUCAUGUUCCUUUCUUGCUGCAAAUUGUGCCUGGAUGGACCAACCUGACAUUUCGUCAUAGAAUUAGCAAUGGAGACCUAACGAGGCAGCUUUCUUCAAACUUGCAUUCAUGCCAUGGACUGAGAGAACAGAUGAGGAGAGGGAAGAAGAGGUGGGUUGAAGAAAGGGUCUGUGUGUGCACGCGCCUGUGGAGAGCCUUGUUUCACGAUAUGACGCAGAAAAUUGUUUCUAGAGGCUAGAGAAAAAGAACCGGCAUAGCAACAAGAAAGUCAAUAAAGAAACAAAUAUAACACUGUGUAUCUCUGCACCUUUUUAAAGGUUUUUAAUGGAUAAUAUUUAUUCACGCGGAAAUGACUGAAAAAGGUGAAAAUAAUGGAUUUUGUGAUUUUUUUUUCCUUCAUGGAGCAGAAUCUUUAAUCAACCAAAAUUACACAUCUUUUUUUUCUUUUAUAGAGAAAGAUUUAGACAAAGAAGACAGCUGUCACAGAAAUCUAUUUCCGUGUGUGUGUGUGUGUGUGUGUGUGUGUGUGUGUGUGUGUGUGUGUGUUGAGUGUGAGAGAGAGGAAAAAAAAGAACCACAUCGAAAUGACACACAAAGGUCUGAGCACAUUUUCCUGAUUUGGUGCACAGUAUCAAACUGACUGCACAAGCACAGUGGCACACGUGCAUGCACACACACCCCCACACAAAUAAAUCUUUCACCCUGGAAGGCAUUCUUUAUUUAGAUGAUUUUGUAACCGCCUUUUAAGUCAAUACAGUGCAACUGCAAACAGUGUGUUUGUCUGCUAAUUAUUGUCUGUGAAAACAUAUUUGUGGAAAAAAAAAAAAGACAGGCUUUUGUAAAGUGUUAGUCCCCCAUGGAUUUCUGCUUUCUAUUUUUGUUAUCACUUACUUGUGAAGAGUGUGACUAGACUACCAGUUCUGUAUUUUUAAAAGGAAAAACAUGAAAAAUGUAGGAAAACUUUUUAAAAACCUGUACACACUAAUGGCAAAGAAUGUGAACACACCCAACUCAACUGCACCAGAUCAUCAGAAAUAGGAUAGAAUGUACCCUGUCAUCUAUGCCCACGCUUUUUUAUUUUUAUAUAUAUGCUAAUAUUGGACAUGCCACCCAUUGUAAAUCAUAGCCAAGUAGUGUCUGGAUCUAUACUAGAUACAAUUAAACCCGUAGCCAACCAUUCGGCAUGGACUGAGAAGGUGUUUGGCUUUUUAAACACAGUCCUGGGGCUCCUAUUGGCUUACUGAUGGCGUCUGGGUUGCACUGAUAUGGUAGGUAAACCAGUUUAGCAACUUUAGUGCUCCCCUCCCAGCACAGGAGCAACAGUGUGUGUGCAGGUUUCAGAGUAGCAGCCGUGUUAGUCUGUAUUCGCAAAAAGAAAAGGAGGACUUGUGGCACCUUAGAGACUAACAAAUUUAUCUGAGCAUAAGCUUUCGUGAGCUACAGCUCACUUCAUCGGAUGCAUUCCGAUGCACAGUGUGUGUGCAGUUGAGCAGGAGGAGGGAUACAGGGAUUUUGAAUACGCGGGACAGGUAUGGAACAGACACCACUUUACUUUGCAGCUCUAUUCUUCAUCUGGGAAAAAGGUCACACACUUCUAGUCAACCAAAAAUUGUAACUCUGUGUGGUACUUGCCAAGCUUAAUACUUCUGACUAGUUCUAUGUGAAUACUGACUGUUCUCCCUAAGAUCUUUCUAGUAAGAAUAUGGUCUUGCAAUACAAAGACCUGACAGUUUCAUUUAUAUAUGACCUUUCUCCAUUUGGAAAAAUAAGUGGGAAAUAAUUGCUUAUUCUCCUACUACACAUUCCUCAGACCACCUUUUCGUUAUGGGUGCAAUUCGUUAGCAACAGCACAUACUGAUCCAACAUAGUACAUGCCAUCCACAGACACGUACAGUAUAACGUAGUAGUAAUUAUCACAUCCAAAUGUCUCAAUCAGGCUCAGAGCCAUGUUGUGAGGUGCUGAACGAACACAUACAUAGACACAAACCCUGCCCCGAAGAGCUUACAGUCCAAUAGAUAGCUAGGAGCCAUUUCAUGCUUCCCUUCUCUCAACAGUAAAUAGUAACUUCACUAACACAGCACUAUCUGCCACACCACUCAAAGAAUACCCCUGGGUGACAACAAAAGGAUGGGGGGUUUUGCCUCUCAAAACGCAUUCUGGAUGUUAUAUGACUUAAAAUUAUGCACUAUCAACCCACCUUGUCAACAUUCCUAACUUGCUCGGUAUCAUGUGGACUCAGAUAGCUGUUGUGAUAACCCAGUAACCUACUGAGAAACUUAUCCCAUUCUAAGAAUGAUAAAGCUAGAGCUAAAGUCAGUAAAGUCAUAAACUGAUGCUCCUUUGCUCCAGGGCUGGAUAGCUCCCUGCAGCACAUUCUCCAGCACUAUGUCCAGUCUGUUUGAAAUCACUCAGGUGCUGUGGUUUCUUUGCUACUUUCCUCAGGAGGUUAUUCUGUAGUUUAACAGAUUUUACCAUUAGCAAUUUUUCUGGGCGCUUAAUUGUUCCUUUGCUUCAUUUAGUCCUAUUACGCCUCAUCAUACCCCUGCCCUAUUAAACAUCUUCAGGCCUAAACAAAGCCCGAUUUUCCAUUGCCUUGCACUUUAUGCCCUCAUUUACAUCUGUGCAAAGUAAGGCUAAAAUGCUACCAUGCUGGCUGGGAAUGUAUUACUCCCACUGUGCGCUCAAUUUGCAUGGGUUUAAAUGACCAGCUACAGGAUGACAAAGAGCCAGGUCCUCGCCUUGUAUUCUCAGCUCUGUCCUUCUCUUCCCUGACUUGCUGUGGAGUCUAAAACAAGUCACUUCAAUAUCUCUGUGCCUCAGUUUCCCCAUCUAUUAAAUGAGAGAAUGACACCCACCCAUGGAAAGCACUUUGUGUACAGUGUAUUAUUAUUAAUCAAAGUAUUCCCUGGACAUUCGCAAUUUGUCAGGGACAUAAAGAAAAAUAGGAAAAACAGUGCUUGGGGUUCUUCUCUCUAGCUGUUUGGGCUCAGGCUGCCAGGGUAGCCCAGCCCUUUGCUAUGUUCUGCAUAGGCGAAAUUAUUUUUCUGCUUAAUCAAAAGCAUGUAGCAUAACAUUUCUAUCAUUACUUUAGCAAGUGCUGCCACACAUAAUCACUGGCUUGGCAAAGAUCCUUGUGAAUAGAAAGGGGGCUGAGGAGAAUCACAAAGGGUUAAUUUCAAUAGUUUAAGACAAAAAUAACAUUUAUAAUGGAGGCAUUAGCCCAUUUUAAUGCUCAUCUGAACAGGAUUGUGGCAAAUCUGCCCACCUGUAAAUAACUGUGUACAGAACUCCCUGGGUUACACAGUGCAACAAUAGCCUUGUAGUGAAAACACUUUGCAGUCACUGAAAUAGCACAGAUCAGAAUGAAUCCACAUGAUAUGUAUUAUAUUGUACUGUACAUAUAAGCAUAAUUCAAAUGCUUUACUGAUAAACACAGAGCUGCAGAAGAGCUCCGUCUCUCUGCAGGAGGAAGGGAGAGCAUUUGAUUUGAUAAGCACAGGAAUUGCUUAGCAGUCAUGCACUCCCAGGGUAAUGAGAGGGAACUGACUUGAUUAGCUUAUGUUAACGUACAAAACAUUACAGGAGAUGGGGCCAAACCAAACCCCAGGUUUUGAGCACUCUCAGACAUAGGUUAAUUUAGAUCUGGCCUGGGAUCCAAACUCUAGGGCUUGGGCCCUUCUUGCCCUUACUCACCUUGUUCUGUCCUCUAACCAUUCCCAACCUUCAUGCCUAGAGAAGUUAUAGCUACAUAAACCGACAAUUGCCAGCAACAACAUCCCAUUUACCUGACGCACAUGGAAUGCAGUUUCUUCAGGGGUGGUUCUGCAUGACAAUACAUACAGUAGGAGAGGGAAUGUAGAACUGUACCGAUUAUGUUCCUAAAGGACAACUGGAACAGAGCAAUCUGACGAGUAAAUCCAAUCAAAAAAAUGCCAAACUGUUUUUCCCUCUUUUUCCUACUUUUUUCCAGAAUUUCUUGUGAUUUUUUUUGUUUUCUCCUUAAAAAAAAAAUAAUAAUAAUUUGAUCAUUUAUAUAGGGAAAAAUCAUGUUUUCAUUUAUUUUUUAAUCAGCAAAUGUCAAAGGAAACAAUUUUCUUUGAAAAUUUUUGUUCCCUUUGAAAUGCCAUUUUGUAGAAAAAUGUCGCAACAAAUUUUCACCCAACUUUACUGACAAGUCUAUUUUCUCAGCUAGCAUUGGGUUGCUGCUUAUAGCAGAACUAUAUAAUGUUCUAGAAGCAAACACGCCCACUGCAAAUGACUGGUACAUUCCCCUGCCCCAAACUUUGAAAUCAAGCUACUCUCUUUGAAACCCUUCUCGCCUAUCUUUGUUUUCCAAAGAACCUCCAAGUCACUCAAAGAAAACUACCACAAAACCUAAACCACUGUACAGAAAUUAAAGAUGGAAGAGACCAUUUAAUCCAGCCCUUGCCAACACACAAUUCUUCCCUAUAAAAUAUUUCCCAGUGCUUUUUCUAGACUAGAUAUAAAUAUCCCCAGGGACAGGGCUCCCACUGCUUCACUUAAGAAAUUAUUUCAACAUAAUAAAGCUCAAUGUCAGCGAGUUUUCGCCUGAUACAAAGCCAUAAUUUUCCCUUCCUUAUUUUUCAUUCCAUUACUCUUGAUUAUUUCCUCUUGCACUUGCUAAAUAGUCCCUGCCCCCUCCUUGAAUGUUAGCUGUGCACAAACAACUGAAGAAUGUAAAGUCUUGUCUUUGGCCAGCAAAUUCUAAUGCAGGAGGCUGCUUUUGGGUGCCAAAGGAUUCAUAUUUUAAAGAUAAAUUGUGGGGGAAAAUCAUAAAAUAAAUAAGCUUGCAAUUCUAAAUUCUUAACAGAAGCAGCUUACCCACUGAAAAACUGAAUUUCUAUUUUCAACACUGGGAAAUCACUUUAUUUUUUUUGGUGUUCAAAGCUGCCAAAACUAAAUUUAAAAGUUGCAGGUUUUUCCAGAAAUAGCUGAUGCCACCAUAGCAUUAUGAGCCAGCUCUCACUGCUCUGAUUUAUGUAACGGGGGGGGAGGGGGAGCGGGGAAAAGGAGUUCUACCAAGAGCUCAAAUAUUGUCGGCUCGGUAGAGGAGGAGGUGCUUUUUCAAGUAUUUUAGACGUAAAUCCAUUUGUAAUCAUGUUGUCUGCUAUACAUGUUCUAAUGCAGAUUGGGGAUCUUAAAGAUCAUGUUUAACUGAUGGUUUGCAGUGUUCCCUGUAAGAAAGAGAUUAAAACAGGGGCAAUGUUGGAUUAUGGUGGAGUUACAAGUCAGCAUGCAGUAGCUCAAGAGCAACCGUGGUUUUGAAUAAAAAACCUUAUUUGCUAGGUUUUAGUCUUGGUUGAUAAAUAAUAUUUGCAACUUUUUUUCUACAUCAAUUGUAUUUGUGGAUAAUUAGUCAUUAUACUUCCACACUGGAAAGCUCUGUAGCUGAUUAAAUAUUUUUAAUUAUUUGGCAAAUUUAUUUUUGAUUGUUUUCUGAGACAUUUUGGUCAACUGCACUGAAUGGUGUGACGUCAUAACCGAGGUUACAGGCCUAAUGAUUAAUGAUGCCAUAAAUGGUUUAACUUCCUUUCUCAUUAGGAUUUCUUCUAGAUGCUUAAGAUUAAUAAUGAGAUGCAACGUGGUUUAACGAUUAAAAUUGGGAUUUAGGAUCAGGAUGCCUAGAUUCUAUUCCUGACUCUCUUUCUGAAUCACUGUGUGACCUCAAUCAAGUCACUUUGCCUUUCUAUGCCUCAGUUUACCCAUCUGUGAAAUAGGGAUGAUAAUACUUUCCUGUCUCACAGCGGUGUUGUGAAGUUUAAUAAAUGUUUGCAAAGUGCUUUAGAGAUCCUCCAAGGACAGGGACUAGAGGAGGGAAACGAUUUAUUAUUUAUAUUUGGGAUACAGGACUGUGCCAGAAAGAUUUCAGGUUGAUCAGUCAACCACACCACACAAAAAUAUUUGUAAAAAAUUCCUGCUAUAGUCUUAUUUUCAGUCAAUAGUCUGUUAUUUUUGUAUGUAUGUGUUGUGUGUUUCUUCUCCUUAAGUUUUGAACUGGCACUAGUCAUAGCAGGUCAUAUAGCUGUUGGGGUGAGAGGUUAAUAACCAUAUAAUGCUCUUCUCAGUUCUCUGUUGCAACCAUAACUGGAGUUCCAGCUGGUAUCUUGGACCAAUGAAAUAUUUUACAAAAAACACGUGUGAUGGUAUAUUUUUGAUAAUCAGUGAGACAUUCCAAUGCAAUGGUGUUUUCUUUAAAGGUUUUAGGUUAUGAGAAACGCUCACCCUUAUUAUUUUCUACUUUCGUAUUAUAAAUGGGCUUUGCUUACAAACAUCACAAAUGACAGACAAAAUGUACUGUACAAAACGGCAGGUAGAUGCAUUUGAGAACACCCUUCUAAAAAACUCUACGUUUCUGUUGUCUUCUUUUUGAAUUGUAGUGCAUAUGUUGAAACUUGUAUAUCAUUUACAGUAUUGAGUCUUGUGCCACUGCUGUACCUGAUGUAUCCAAUCUGGAUUAAACAGAGUAUAUGCCACAAA